UCCUUUUGCAUCAAUCGAAACGUAAUCGUGGUCAGUUUUAAGUGAGCUGUCGACCAAUUCAGACGCGUUCCAACGAAAACACCUACAACAAUGAAGCUCAUCUCUUCAGCUAUUUUACUUGUUGCAUUCUUUUGCUAUCAAAGCUUCGGUGUCCAGCGGAGACGCAAAGAAGUGCAACCACAAUACUGGGCUGGACAAUGCUUAGAGAAGAAUGCUCGAUACGCUGUGGCCGAACAAUGCGAUAAAUACGUUGAGUGCGACGAUGGAGAAUCUGAAGAAAAAUUGUGCUCAGACGGAUUAUUGUUCAAUGAUAAGGCUGGCAUCUAUACUGACCCAUGCCAAUAUCCAAUUGACGUUAACUGCACCACACGUUCUCGCAUCCAACCAGCUCAACCAACAGAGGAAUGUCCACAUCAAUUUGGAUAUUUUAAAUUGGGUGACCGAGCCAACUGCGGUGAAUUCUUGAACUGUGCCGAAGGACGUGGUUACAAAUUGGCCUGUCCACUUGGAUUGGCCUACAACCCAGCAAAUUAUCAGUGCGAUUGGCCAGAUCUUGUUGAAGACUGUGACCCAGAAGCUUUUUUGCGAUACACAUGUCCACCAGAGACCCGUGUCGAAGGCUUCGGUCCAGGACAAACCAAAUUCUACCGAUCAGAUGAUUGCCAACGGUAUUUCUCGUGCAACAACGGUCAUCCACGUUUAAACGUUUGCGGAGUUGGUAGCGCUUUUGAUGAAUCAUUGAACCGUUGCGAAGCCGCUCAAAAUGUCACCGGUUGCGAGCAUUUGGCUAUCCCAGAAGAAGAAGCGGAGAAAGAACCAAUUUACUUGAAAACUUUGAAAAUCAGAAAUUAAUAUUAAUUAAUCGAGUAUUAAGGCAGUUGGUAAUGUGUCGAUAAAUAAAACAAAUUUACUACUGAAAUUCAAAAGAAA